AUGUCAGCCAUUGUGCCGUUGCCGACAUCCGACCCCUCUGCCUCUCGGUGGCGGUUAAAGUCGUUGGCCCGGAUCCCUUCCGGCGGGGGUGAGAACAUGCGAUCAGCGGCUCAACAGAAGGACACGGUCUGCGCCCAGACGCUGCCGUCGUGGCCGUUGAUCGCCGCCGCCGUCAGGGUUUGACCUUCGCCCACAUCGCACAUGAGGUUAUCGUCGACAUACCUCUGCCACGGCAUCCUCGAUUCUCCCCGACCUUCCUUCCUCCUCUUCUCCUUCCUUUGGCUCUGCCGUGUCUUCGGGAAGAUUCCGUUAUAUAGGGGCAGAGAGAGAGCGUUAGGCGCUCUAAUGAACGAGUCUCUUCUUUCUUUUUUGUUCUACCCUCUUUAGUUCCCGGCGAGGCCCCUCACAUUUAAUCGAAUUGGAAUAUUACCCUCGAGUCCGAUUAAUAUGUUUCUCAAGAAAUACUCUGUUGUGCUUGUUGAACUACACAGGUUACCUAAGAUCAACGUCGACGAAAUUGUUCUCACCGGGAAGGCUCGUGCUACUCUCAACAAUGAGCAACGACGCUACUACUGCUCCCCCUCUCGCCCAAGAAGCAGCAGUGGAGACUGUUGGCAGACCAUCGAGUUUUGCCUCCAACAGGAGCACCUCGACACAGGUAGGGAAAAUUUCAGACGAUUUAUCCUCUACAGUUCCUUUGUCUGUUUUUAUUGUGAUACUUCUGUAUUGUCAUUUUAUUAGAGAGGGUGACUAUCGCUAAUAAAGUGGUCGUUGCCGGGAGCUAGAACUUGGCUUUCAGUUUCACCAUUUCUCAACUCUUUAGGCCGGCACUAGGUGACUACUAUCAGUUGGUUUCAUAUUUUCCGACUUGAACUUCCAACAGUCUUAUAAAAGUGCAAAAGGAGAAUCACCUGCGUCAAAUAUUGAAUAUUGUAUCUCAGAAAUGAUAUCUAUAUCUGGUGGCAUUGUAUCAAAUGAAGUUUCUAUUUAUCCGAAAUUCGUGAUAAGCAAGUAAUGCUUCUUGGUAGCUGCAUAUAAAUGUGGUAUAUUUAAGUCUUAAAUGAAAGUUUGUCACCAGUCUUAAGUUGGUGUAAAGAUGGCCUGGAACUAAAGAUCAAAUUUGUGCACAUGCUACUUCCAUAAAAACCAUUGUUGAGGAGCUAGGGUGUACAUGCCAUGAUGAGUUUAAAAUAAUUGGUUAAGCAUUCAAUUUCCUCGUCAAUUAGAAAUCAGCCUUUAUGUUUGUUCUGUUGGGUCACUGGAUGCUGAUGUGUCACAGAGCGGAGAUGCUGUAGGGAGUGUCAAGCAACAACUGUCAAAAAUAUUCAAAGCAUCCCUUCAAGCAACUUUUCCUAAUGAGCAGGAUGUUGAGCCACUUGUUUCAGUUUCCACUGCAAAGUUUGGUGAUUAUCAAUGGUACGAGUUCCAUUUUUUGUUAGCUUAUGAGAAUUUUUGUUUCUUUUGAUUUUAAGUUGUCUUAUAAACACGGUCAAGUUUCAAUGUUUGUUUUAUUGAUGUCAGUUCACUUUUUUUUUUAACUUUUUUAUAACACAAUGUUACAGUUCAACGAUCCAUAUGCCCCUGGUACUGAAUCAUGGAUUUCUUUUUCAUGUAGUAAUAAUGCAAUGGGUAUGUGGUCUAAAAUAAAAGGAAAAUCCACGGAAUUCAGCAAUCCAAAUUCUAUUGGACAGGCAUGUAUAUUUUCUCACACUUAGUGGAGACUGUUCAUUAUUAUAUGAUUGACCAUAUAGAAUUCGUUGAUCAUUUAGUUAAACCGUAUUCAUAUAAUUUUUGGGGAUUCCUUUUUGAGGACUCUGAGUAUAUAAUUUUUUUCCAACACACAGUUUUAUUGAUCUUAUAAUGUUUAUACCUUUUUAUCUAUGUAUUCUGGCAGGCUCUAGUGAAAAAUCUCCCUGCAUCUGAAAUUAUAGAAUCUACCUCUGUUGCAAAAGCUGGAUUCAUUAAUAUUAUUCUGUCAAAUGCUUGGAUAGCUAAGGUAAAGAAUUUUCGUUUCAGUUAUUCGUAGGAUUGGCCUUGUCAUGCAACCAUAAUUUUUAUCGGUGCAUUGUUUUCUUUGUUCGUAGCAUAUAGAAAGAAUGCUCUUGAAUGGUAUUGAAACUUGGGCGCCAAUCAUUCCGGUGAAGAGGGCAGUGGUUGAUUUUUCAUCGCCAAAUAUUGCAAAAGAAAUGCAUGUUGGGCAUCUAAGAUCAACGAUUAUUGGAGACACUCUAGCUCGGAUGUUGGAGUUCUCAAAUGUGGAAGUUCUGCGAAGGAAUCAUGUUGGUGACUGGGGUACUCAGGUACAUGGACUUCAUGAACGCUGCUGUAUAUUAUGGCGUUAGACUGAGAUAUCUGUAGGCUUUCUGGUGCAAUGCAAUAUUGGAAAAUUAAAUAAAAUAUGUUGUCAGUUGUUGCUUGAUAUUAUUAUCACAUGAUUCAAAUACAAAUUUUGGUUUGUCCUCUCUGAUUCUAGUGAUUUGCUUAAACAUUCCAUGGAGGUAGGCAUUUUCAAUAUUCCAUUCCCAUGCUGUGUUUGUAGAAGAUUAUAACAGUGUAAGACAUUGUGGCCUUUAGGUGCACUUAAUGACUGCUUUCUGCUGGAAAUGAUGAUUCCCCUGAUUAUUUAGAGGAUAAUGUACUUUGAAAAAUUAUAAAAUGCUGAUUUCUGUUUGAAACAUGACUGUUGCAGUUUGGUAUGCUGAUUGAAUACCUAUUUGAGAUGUCUCCUAAUGGGGAAGACGCUGGGCAGCAAGCCAUUGGCGACCUCCAGGUGGGUAACCACAGCGAGAAAUUCCUCCUGGUUCCUCAGUAAAUGAAUGGACUGCUUUUGUUGGUUAAUGUUCUGAAUCCCAUAUCAUAGUUGAUUUUGUAUACAAUAAGACGGGCUACGAAAGGAAUAUUGGGUUCCAGUUUUUGAGAACUUCCUUUUACGAUUGCAUUAUUUUUAAAUACCUAUUUUAUUUUUCCCGUGGGCAAUGGCCGUUGCUGCAGUCUUAGUCGUUUAUGACGCUUGAAGUUUUUUGGUCGUUUUUAUCCAUUGUAAUUGUGGAAAAAUAGAUAAGAAAUGAUAAUUCUGACGUAAUAAUGGCCAUGAAUCAUAUUUGGGUCCUUACUCACUGCACUUUUCAUCUUUUUAACAUAUCUUUCGUUCCUAAUUCAUCUUGUUUAUCUGGAUAUAGGGGUUAGUACCAUGUGAAUAGCCAGUGAGAAAUUCAGGUUGAUAGAUUAACAAAUCAGAGCAUUAGAUUAAAGGUCACUAUUUUGUCUUGUAACUUCAGAUUUUAGGUUGUUCCUAGGUGGUUGGUAGUAGUUCCAUCUCGGUGAAACUGGGGAACAACGAAGGAAAGGAAGAAGAAGAAGAAGAAGUGAAAGAAGAAAUCAUCCUUUACUGGUAACUCUAGCAGGAGCUUCUCUUCCUCUACGGUUGGGUCCAUUGGGUAUUGGGUCUGUUUUUUCUUUUUUUUGGUGGUGGUGGGGGGGGAGGGGGGUGUUGAGGUUCAUAUGAAGAUGUGGGACAGGUUGGUUUACAAUGUUUGAUUUGUUCCUUAGGUGCCCAUGUCAGAUGCUUGACCCCAGUGAAGAUCAUAGAUGUGGUCAGCAUGAUAAAAAAGUGCUAAUUCGUAAAAACAUCAAACUGCCGCAACCAGCACCAGAAUCCGAAAACCCAUGGUUUCAUAUGGUUCAGCACAUCAGGACAUAGAUAUUAAUUGUGUUGUACAUUUUCCGGUCUAUGUUGGUACGAGAUUGGAGCGGGUCAGGGAAUAGCUUCAGGGAUCUUGCAAUAAUGUCGUAAAUAGGGAAAAACAUUGUAUCGUUCUAUCCCAUGAAGCUGCAAAGGAUGAUUAGCAUAGGGGCGUCUGAAAUUGGCUUUCAUAAGUCUACUUUGACUGCAGGAUUUCUACAAAGCCUCAAAGAAGAAAUUUGAUGAGGAUGCUUCCUUCAAAGAAAAAGCACAAAAGGCAGUUGUUCGACUUCAGGUGAUUUUUUUCUGAUAUGAUAUUAGAUGUGAUUCUUCUGCUGGGAUGUGACACUCAUAUUUUCGAAAUACGCUAUUUAGAUUUGAAAAUGAAAUUUAGAUUAACUUUCUUGUGUCAUCAUCCUGUAAUUUCGGUAAAAUUCAUUUCUAAUCCUUAAAAAUGUCUGCGUGGUACCUUUUGCUCUGCUGAUAUUCAGGGUGGAGAACUGAAGUACCGUAAUGCAUGGAAGGAGAUCUGUGAGAUCAGUCGUCGGGAAUUCGCUCAGGUGUAUCAGCGCCUGGGGGUUCAUCUAGAGGAAAAGGUAAUAUGGUCUUCCGAGGAAUGAUUCUAGUGUGGUUGAAGGGACGGAGUUGUAGGGUCAAGAUGGUACAUGUUUACUCUUGAAAUCGAAUCUCUUUUCUUUGGGUUUCUUUGCUUUCCUUUAAUCUUAUGUCCUGAAUCUUUUAUGCAUUUUAGCAACGCAAUGGUUUCUUUCAAGAUUGAUGGUGAAUUGAAAGUGCAGUCGUUGGGUUGAUGUAUUUUUCAAGUUUCUUGUCGCUACUUCAGUUUUGCAAAUGAUACUCUGUUUCAUUUUUACUUGUUUGAAAUCUAAACCGUGUUAAAAUUUGUUGUGUGAUUACCUAUCGAAAGCAUUGUACUGGCUAGGUAAAAAUUGAUCUUUAUCUAUUGUGGAAGUCACAAUACUUCAAAUUGCUCAUGAUUUAUUUUCUAAUCCAGUAAUGAUUACUUGAUGACGGUGUAAGAUUAGUAGGGGAUUCAUAUUCAUCUGUUUGCCGAAGGCUCACAGAUUGACGUAUUAGGACUACUGUAAAAUCCAUGUUGCUCCGUAUGAUCUGCUUCUUGAAAGUGUGAAGAACGAAAAUAAACAUCCGAUUUUCGCGGAUUGGUAUACUCGAGAUAAUUCCGGUAUGGAUUGGCCGCUUUGGAAUAAAAUGGGUGCAUGCGAAUCCAAAUGUGUUUAUAGAGGGAAAGGGGGAGACUUUUAUCUGUCUAGUGUUCUUUUCUAGCUGUCUUAUUUUUGCCGGUCUGUAUCUAGUUGAAGAGAUCUCUCGUUCAUUUUUUUGUUUACCUUAAACCACUGUAUAAGGUGCUUGAACUUUGUCAUUUUUUCAUCUAUGUUUUUCUUGUUGAUUAUUUUUUUUCAUCUUCUAGUGUUCCGGUCAAUUUAAAAAGUUGUAGCCUAUUUUUCAUAGGGGGAGAGCUUCUACAAUCCAUAUAUUCCGGAUACCAUUCGGGAAUUAGACGACAAAGGGCUAAUUGUGGAAAGUGAUGGUGCCCGAGUUAUAUUUAUUGAGGGGCAACAAAUUCCAUUGAUUGUUGUGAAAAGUGAUGGAGGAUACGGCUAUGCCUCAACUGAUCUAACGGCAAUCAGGUUUGUAAUUUUUUUUCUGUGGAUGAUCGUCUCAUUCAUGUUGGAUUAUAACCUCAUGUGCGUUUCUUUGACAAGAGUGAGAUCGUCUCAUUCGUGCUGGUGCUUCUGGUAUUCAGGUACCGGCUCAGGGAGGAGAAGGCAGAGUGGAUCAUAUACUUGACUGAUGUCGGCCAGCAAAACCAUUUUGACAUGGUGUUCUGUGUAUGCAUUACGGACAUAUUUCCAAUAGAUGAGAUGUUGACAUGGCCUAUUCUUUCUUCGAUGUUUUGAUGUAAUGUUUCUCCUGCGUGCUCUAUCUUGUCUCUUAUUUUAAACUAAAUCCAGGCUGCACGACGAGCUAGUUGGCUUCCUGAGUCUGUUGGCAGUUCAUUCCCGAAAGCUAGCCAUGUGGGCUUCGGCCUUGUUCUUGGUGCUGAUGGCAAGAGAUUCCGUACUCGCAGCUCUGAAGUUGUCCGUUUAGUGGAUUUACUUGAUGAAGCGAAGAAUCGGUGCAGGAAGGAACUAGAGCAGCGUCUUGAGAAUCACGGUAAGGUUCUGUGAAUGGGUGUGAUGAUAUGUGUUCAACUGUUGGUAGACUAUUCGUAAAGCAAUCUGUAGUCAUGUAAAUAUUUCCAGCAUCCAGCACCGCAGUUUCAUCUAGAAAAGAAGGACUAGAACAUCUGCUUGUUCUUUGAUUAGGGAAACUUGGGGAGUGGACCGGCCAGGAGCUUGAGAAAACUGCGGAAGCGGUUGGCUAUGGAGCUGUCAAGUAGUCCCUCGUCAACCUUCACUUUUUCCCCCCGGUCGUUUUUCUUGUUACUGCUAGCUCGACUUGCAUUGCAGAUCGAAUUCAUGAACAAUAUCUUAGAACUGAAAACAUUGUCAUUUGUAAUAAGUGUGUGUGGGGGGGGGAAGAUAUUACUUAAAUGACUUUAUCUGGUAAUGCCUUUUUUUGCAGAAUAAGAUUAUUAAAAAUCUACUUUAUCCAUUGUAAAGUGAAGUGUAGAAUGGCAUGUAUGAGUUUAAAGGGUUGCAAUAAGUGAAGUGAAAGUAAUGGGUUCUUACUGCCAGCUGCUUUGUGGAACCCAUUUUUGUGUCAUUCUUACUAUAAUUGGUUUGGUUUCCUUCCAGUGUGUGUGUUGGGGGGGAAGGGGGUGGUGUAGUUUCUGAGGCAUUGUAUCUUGCAUCCAUAGGUGAUUCAUUCUCAUGGCGUGUAAACCAUGUGACAGGUACGCAGAUCUGAAGAACAACCGGCUGACCAACUAUACGUUCAGUUUUGACCAGAUGCUUAACGAUAAGGUUUGUAUCCGGUUCUCUAUUAGAAUCCUUUCUUCUCUUUCCAUUACCUAGACACAUUGUGUUAUAAGUUCCACUUCAACUCAGUAACAGAACAUAGCUGCUAUGUUAAGAACCCAGAUCAAAGAACUACGAAUAAUUCAUAUUAGAUCAAAAAACAAUCUCUAGAACAGAAAUACCAAAGAUAAAACAUAGUAAAAGAACCCGGAACAGAUGGAGGGUCGCAUACAACCCUCCAACCCUUUCUCCGUAGAUGCACGAGAUACUAACUCUGAUUUUCCUCCCCCUUUUCUUCUUGAUCUGCCCCUCUUUAUAUCCUCUCGUUUCCCUCUCUUAUUUAAGUAGUUAGUAUCCUGCCAUAAUUGCUCUUGCCGUAACCGCUCUUUGCCAUAACUACUCCUUGUCAUAUUGUUCUUUGCCGUAACUAUGCCUUCCGUCAAUCAUGCUAACUAUUAUUGACUUAUUAGGCUUUGGGCCUUCUUCCUUCUAACAUAUAUGCAUGGAGCCUUAUCAAUACUCCCCCCCAUGAGCUUCACCUUGUCCUCAAGGUGGAAGUCCGGAAAUUACUGGUGAAGGGAUGAAGCUAGUUCCCACGUAGCUUCAAAAUCAAGGAAAUCAGCCUAUUUGACCAAAACUUCUAUGGCAAAAGAGGAAUUCCGAAUGGCAAGGAUAUCUUGGGGGGUCACAUUCCAUUUCAAAGCAUCAGUCAGUAUGCCUGGAAUGGGGUUGACAGUAAGCAAAAUUCCGUAGUGCUUUGCGAAGUUGAGAAAUGUGAAAAACUUGGUGAAUAGUUAUGGAGCUAGGAAGUUCCAAUUUGUAUGUCACCUGGCUAAUGCGCUCCUGGAUAGGGUAAGGGCCAAAAAAUCUGGGACUCAAUUUUUCAUUAGCUUUCUUGGCUAAUGAUUUCAUACGAUAAGAUCAGAGCCUGAUAUUGUAGUCGAAAUAACACACGGUCUGGAGCUCUGAUAGGCGCCCAGCACUCGUGGACGAAGAACUCAAACUUUAUUUAUUAAAAAAACUGUUUAUAAGGAGAACGGGAUCCAAUAUUUAUACCAGAUCCCCAGAAGGUUCUAGACGUAGUGAUGUAACACGAAAUGAAAGGUACAUGAGGACAUAUAUGUAAACAUGUAAGGUAUACAUGUUAUUAAGUACAUCUCGACAAUAGAUAUAAACCAAAUCUCUCACUUAAAACUCUAUGUCUCGUCGAUGUUUGUCAACUUGUGCUUUCAUCUUGGACUGUGCAGCCAAUAGAUUUUCUUUGAGAAGUUGAAGUGUAUCAUCCCUUUCUUUCAGAUAAGUGUCGACUGCAUCAAUUGAUGAGAUAAGAGAUCCAUAACGUGUAAGUGUGGGAGGGUCCCGUCCAUACACUGCUUUAAAAGGGGUCAUCUUGAUGUCAGAAUGAUGAGAAGUGUUGUAACAAGUUAUUCCAUAACUUAGGUUUAUCAUAAGUAAAGUAUCGGAGAUAAUUCUCUAAGCUUUGGUUCACCACCUAUGUUUGCCUAUCUGUUUGUGGGUGAUAUGAAGAACUCAUUUUCAAUUUUGUGCCUUAAAGUUUGUUGAGUGCUUUUCAAAAAGCGUUGGUAAAUACUGUCCCUCUAUCAGUCACAAUAGAUCUUGGAAUGCCAUGCAGUUUGAUGAUUUUCUUUGCAAAUAUUUGGGCAAUGUCUUUGGCUAUGAAUAGAUGUCUAAGGGGUAUAAAGUGACCAAAUUUGCUAAGUCUGUCUACUAUGACGUGAAUGGAGUCAUAGCCUUUAGAUUUAGGUAGACCCUCUUUAAAAUCCAUGGAGAGGUCUUCCUAGAUCAUAUUCGGAAUAGACAGGGGCUGCAAAAAGUCCUAUUGGUGACAAGGUCGAAAUCUUAUUCAAUUGACAGAUAGUACAUUCAUUAAUAUGUUAUUUGAUCCUUUUCUUCAUGCCAGGCCAAUAGACGUGUUGAGCAAUUCGUCGGUAGGUUUUCAAAAAUUCAACAUGACCUCUCAAUAGGCUAUCAUGAAAUUCAUGUAGUAAUGUGGAGAGAAGAGUAGAUGUAAGGGGAAACACCAGCUACCUUUGUAGAGAAGUGAUCCUUGUUGAAUUGAGUAAUGUGGAAAAAAAGUUGAGCCUUCUAUAAGUACGAUUUUGAUUUUAGAUAGUCGUGAGUCAUUUUCCACUUCUUUGUUGAUUGUGAUUGAUUACAUCUAUUCCUUGUGUAAUACACAUGGUUGCCACCACUGUCUCACACAAUUGUGGUGUUCUAGAUAGUGCAUCUGCAGCUGCAUUCUUCUUGCCUUAUAUUGUAUCUGAAAAUUAAAUCCCAUUAGUUUAGUGACCCAUUUGUGAUAUUUUGUGUGAAUCUCCUUUUAGUCGAACAUGAAUUUCAAAGUAUAUUGGUCUGUUCGAAUGAUGAAAGGUUGGAGCAUGAGAUUAACUGCCAUCACAAUGACAAUGAGUUCUCUCUCAUAGAUUGACUUUAGACGAGAGUGUUCCUUAAAAGUAUGACUAAAAUAAGCUACUGGUCGUCCUUCCUGCAUCAAUACUACACCUAUGCCGUGUCUUGAAGCAUCUAUUUCAACUACGAAUUUUUGAGAGAAAUUAGGCAGGGCCAAAACUGGUGUGGAAGUCAUCGCCACCUUCAGUUUAUGCAAAGCGUCUUGAGCAUCAAAGUCCCAAUGAAAAGAAUUUUUCUUGAGCAAUCUAUUCAAGGGCCAUGAUAAGGUGGCAUAAUAUUUGACAAAUCGGCGAUAAUAGCCAGUUAGUCCUAAGAAUCCUCGUAAUGCUUUCAAAUGCUUAGGAGUAGGCUAGUCCCAUAUUACUGAAAUUUUUCUUUGAUCUGUAGAUACUCUUUUUGUAGAAAUCUAGUGGCCCAAAUAUUCCAAUUGAGAUUGCUUGAAUUGACAAUUUUUUUCAUUGACAUAAAGGGUAUUAGUCGCAAGAAUAAGGAAGACAUUAUCCAAAUGUUCAUCAUGUUCUUUAUGAGUUUUGCUAUAUAUUAGGAUAUCAUCAAAAAAUACUAAUACAAAUUUCCUUAGACAAGGUCGAACUAUAUCAUUCAUUAAGUAUUAAAAUGUGGAUGGGGCAUUAGAGAAGCCCAAAUGGCAUAACCUUGAGUUCGUAGUGAUCCUCAUGGGUCUUGAAAGCGGUUUUCUGAAUGUCUUCCUAUUUCAUACGGAUUUGACAGUAACCAGACUUCAAAUCUAGUUUAGAAAAAACUGACAUUUCAUGCAGCUCUUUCAGCAACUCAUUGACAAUAGGAAUAGGGAACCUAUUUGAAACUGUGGAUUUAUUUAAGGCCCUGUAAUCAAUACAAAAUCACCAGCUGCCAUCCUUUUUUUAACAAGCAAUACAGGGCUAGCAAAUAGACUUUUAGAGGGUUGAAUGAUGCAUGUAGUACAUAGCUCAUGGACCAGCUGUUUAGUUUCAUCCUUCUGAAAUUGUGUGUACCUGUACGGUUGUAGAUUAAUAGGCUGAGUACCGGUAAUAAAUUGAUGGCAUGAUCAAUUGUUCUUUUUGGAGGAAGCCUUGACAAGGCUUCAAAGACUUGUGUGAACCAUUUAUGCAGUCUGACCGCUAUCUCUGACUGUUCUGGUGUAAUUCUACUGCACAUAUGUGGCUUCUUUUUAAUUCACGUUUUGCUGCUUUGAAAGAUAUUCUUGUUUUGUUUAAACUUGCAUCCCCACAAAUGGUGUAGAUCGUGUUAUUGAGCAUAAAUUUCAUGAUUAAUUGCCCAUAGUGUGAAUGUAUCCACCCCAGUGUUUUAAGCUACUGCAUUCCUAGUAUGACAUUUGUGCCACUAAGAUUAAAGGGAAGGAAAUCUUGAAUAAUGAGGAGAUCUUAGAUUUUGAGUAGAAUGUUAUGGCAUAUCCCAUGACCUUAGACGGUAUGCCCAUUCCCAAUCACAAUACCAUAGCUAUGGAAUUCGUUGACAGGUAAGGAUAGCUCUUCCCUCAGCUUAUUGCAGACGAAAUUGUGGGUAGCACCAAUGUCUAUAAGAAUGGUUACAUGUUUAUCUUGCAUGAUGUCUUUUACCUCCAUAGUCCCAUGCUGAGUCAAUCUCAUGACGGAAUUUAAUGAGACAUGGGUUGUGAAUAAAGUAUCUUCCUCUUGUGAGCAAAGCUCUAGUGGAGCCCAAUCUUCCUCUUGGAAGUCUUCUUGGGACUUCUCCUCCCCAUGGACAAUGAGUAUAUUAAGGUCCCGCCUGCAUCUACGGCCUGGUCCAAACUUGUCAUUACAAUAGAAACAAAAUCCUUUGUUUCUUCUUUCUUGUAGUCCAGCUUCUGUCAGUUGUAUCUGCCUUCUAUUUUCCUUGUUAUUGCUCAUAUUUUGUAGAGUAUAUGUGGACAUCCCACCUUUAUUUGAGGCACUAGUUAUGGUCACUUGGGUUUUCUUUAAAUUAUAUUGCUCAUUUCUGAAACUAGAUAUCAAAGGAGGCCUUUGUUGGUGCAGAGUAUAAGCAGCUAUGAGAUGUUUGGGUGGUCGUGGUUGUUCCUACUUCCAUACUUGCCAUAGAGUAUGGAUAUGAGCUUCAGCUUGUACUGAAGCAUCCAUAAUUUCACGUAACCCAAUAGGCUUGGACAUAGAUAAUUCUGAUUGGAUCUCAAGCUUGAGUCUUUUCAGAUAUAUAUGUUCCAAUAUUUCUGUUGGUAUGUUCAGAAGAUAAGUUGAGAGUCAUUCAAACUCUGCCCUAUAUUCUAAUACGGAACUCUCUUGUUUCAGGUUCAAAAAAUUCUGAUACGUGUUGUUAGCUAUUGAUGAACCAAAUCGACCACUAAGUUGGAUUUUAAAAUCAUACCAGUCAUGGAAUGGAAAAUGAUCUUCCAUUCACAGAUACCAAUCCAGGGCAUCACCCUCCAUGUUCAGCAUUAUUGUUUCUAAACGAUCGUAUUCUGGUGUUUGGUUAAUACGAAAAUACCUUUUAGCCUAUUGUAACCUUCCAUCUAGAUUAUCUCUAGUGAAAUUUGGAACGUCAGUCCGGCGGUUGGGCUUGUAAUUGCCCUCCCUUUGCUCUGAAUUUUGAAGUGAAUGUGGUUUUGGUUGUCUCUGAGACUGCUCUAGUGGAGGUUCAUGUGGUAGGUGUGUCAUCAAGGUUGCUAGUUCUUGGGUGAGUUGUUGUAGUAUUUCUUUUAUACUCCCACUGUCUUCCUUAAGAGCUUCAAGAUCAACUUCCAAAGAUUCCAUCCUCAAAAUAGUAAGCCCUUUAAUCAUACAGGGAUAGCUUAAUUUGGCUCUGAUACUAGUGAUAAGAACCCAGAUCAAAGAACUACGAAUAAUUCGUAUUAGAUGAAAGAAACAAUCUCUAGAACAGAAAUACCGAAGAUAAAACACAGUAAAAGAACCCAGAAUAGAUGGAGGGCCGCAUACAACCCUAGAACCCGGAAUAGAUGGAGGGUCGCAUACAACCAUCCAAACCUUUCUCGUAGAUGCAUGAGAUACUAACUCUGAUUUUCCUCCCUCUUUCUUUCUGAUCCACCCCUCUUUAUAUCCUCUCCUUUCCCUCUCUCAUUUAGGCAGUUAGUCUCCUGCCAUAACUGCUCUUACUAUAACUGCUAUUUGCCAUAACUGCUCCUUGUCAUAUUGUUCUUUGUCCUAACUGUGCCUUCCCUCAAUCAUGUUAACCGUUAUUGACUUAUUAGGCUUUGGGCCUUGUGUUUUAUCUGGGUAAAAAAGUCAAGGUGAGACCGAGGAUUGGAAGGAUUUUUGGUCACCGACGCCACUGACGGUUGAUGGAGUUGUCUCUGGCACCCUCUAUCAAGAGGAUUCCCCACUAUUCCUCAAUCGAAAUCAGAUCCAUUCACCACCCCGUUACAUUUUCUCAUUAGCAUUUUUUUAUAUCUUGUUUGUCAGUUUUUUUGGAAUCAAAUUGCAUGGGUCGAGGUCAUUAUUAUAUCAUUCUUUCUAUGGACAGGGAAACACGGCCGUUUAUCUCUUGUAUGCUCAUGCCCGGAUCUGCUCGAUCAUCAGAAAAUCCAAUAGGGAUCUGGAGGAGCUCAAAAAGGUUCUGUUCUUUACGUGGUUAUUUUCUCAAAAUAGAAUCACUCGUGUCUUCGUAUGCUAAAUUUAGAAAUUAGAGUAUUUAUUUUUCUGGCAUCAUAAUAACCCGGGGGGGAGCUUCAUUUUUGGCAUCUAUAGGGGGGAGGGAUCUCAUUAAGCCAUGCAGAUGAACGCAUCCUGGGCCUUCAUUUGGUCCGGUUCGCAGAGGUAUGUGGAGCUUUGCUCACCCUAAACCCUACUCUGAUCUCUUGUUCUAACUCAGUCUAACCUACGCUCUCUUGUUUGUCUUUAUUUCGGUUGACCUUGCCUACCCACCUCCGGCUAUAUAUAUAUAUAUAUUAGUGCUUCCUGUGGGUCUUCCUGGAUCGAUGUUUCCAUCUCCGGUCAUGCAAUAAAAAUAGCUGUAAUUCAGGGGGAAUAUUGUGGGCUAAGGGUUUCUCCCUUCUUCCACAGGUCGUCGAGGAGGCGUGCUUGAAUCUCCUUCCGAAUGUGUUGUGCGAGUACCUCUACAAUCUCUCCGAAACCUUCACCAGAUUCUACACCAGCUGCCAGGUAUGGCCGUGCUCUGCUAGAGAGAGAGAGAGAGAGAGAGAGAGAGAGAGAGAGAGAGAGAGAGAGAGACGGUUUUAGUGGUGCUCCUAUUAUGGGUAUUGAGCUCUGUCUGUGCGAUCUGGCAGGUGAUUGGGUCCGCAGAGGAGAGCAGCAGGCUGCUGCUGUGCGAGGCCACGGCUGUGGUCAUGAGGCAGUGCUUCGAGCUGCUGGGCAUCGAGCCUGUCUACAAGAUAUAG